GAGCAAAGAGCUGCUGGGAGCUGUUAGCCAGAGGGGUUGUCCUGAGCGACUGGUACACCGUCUACCCCUGGGAUUGCCCUGCCGCGGCUGUGCUUUACGAGAUGGACAUGGACGGGGCAGCUGGCUGUACUUCAGACAGCACACUGUCACAGGCAAGGGAUUCAUUGGCCCAAAACAAAAACAUACUAUUUUCGACCAAAGACGGUGAUAACAGUGCGUACUCUAGCAACUGCACUGUAACCUACAAG